AAAUGCCGAGUGGCGGGAAAACGGCUGACGAAGGCUCAAAGUCCCAACCGAUCACAAUUCACACACUACAUUCGCCGGAACUGUACCCCCACGGCCGGCCGGAAACUAUCUAUAUCCAGUGGCCGUCGUCGCUCUUAUCUGGCCAAAGACAAAUGAAGCUCUGAACCGUAAAGAAGGUAGAGAAAAGGUGUGGUGGGUAAGAACAAAUACAAGCUUCUCCUUCGAGCAUCCUCAGUUGGGGAAACUCAAAUUCGACCUCCCUUUCAUCAGCCAUGGACAAGUACUUGGUUCCGUCUGAUUCGAUACCGCAAAUUCCUAAACCGUUCCGGAGGAAUAGGUGGAAAUUAAGUACUGUAGAACUGAAUGGGAAGUUGGAUCCCAAGUAUCGCCAGGAAUUGUCUGGACUACUUGUUCAAUCUUAUGUAGAGGUUGGAGCAUUUCCUCACUUGUAUCAUAUAGAUGGCGUUUUUUGUCCAACGAGUAUGAAUCGGAUUACUGAGGGAGCUCAAGGUCAUCAACUGCCAUUUAAGAAACAAGGCAUAUCUGCCGUGGACUUCGACAACAAGGGAAUAUACUUGGUUUCAGCAACAAAAACAGGUUGUCUAACAGUACACGACUUUGAGAGUCUUUAUUUGCAGACUAAUGAAACAGGCUUGAGUGAAAACGAGAACAAACAAUUACUGCACCUUUCCCUAAAUGAACAGCUCGACUUUGUGCGGUGGAAUCCUGACAACCAAGAUGAGGUGGUCUGUACAUCCAUGAAAAGUAAGGAACUAAAGAUAUUUGACAUUGGUUAUAUUUCUUCUAAGCCAGUCGAAGUGUUGAGAGUAAGACAAAGAAUCAACAAUAUGGGGUCAGAUAAUCAUAAAGGUUUAUCUGAUAUAGCAUUUUUUUCGGAUAAUUCAAGAUUACUUGCAUCUGAUACAUGUGGCGUAAUCAAUAUGUGGGACAGAAGAAUUGGAAUACUUCCAUGUCUCGAGCUUACCAGUAACUCAUGCUGUACCCUUAACAGAAUCCAGCUGAAUGUUGAAAAUCAGAUUAUCUUUGGUGCUGGUAAGCAUGGAGUCAUCUAUAUUUGGGAUCUUCGCGGAGGGAGAACAUCUGGUGCUUUUCAAAACCAUAAAGAGGUGUGCCACCCUCCUCUAAAAUCGUUUAAGCUAGCCUCAUUGAUUGAGAAAAUUGGGACUUUGAAGGAGCAAACAAACAUCAUGCCGAAGGAAAUACACUCUAUUGAUUUCAAUCCAGCGUGCCCAUAUCAGUUGGCCUUCCAUCUAGAUGACGGUUGGUCAGGUAUUUUGGAUGUUUAUAAUUUUCAGGUCACACAUAUUCAUUGCCCUCCCCCAGCUUGGAUAAAUGAUUCCAACAUCCCCACAGAUCAAUUAUUUUUGAGGAAACCAUCAUGGCUGCCAACAGAUUCUAUCUAUGUGGUUGGAUCUUCUUCUGAUGAAGGCAUUCACCUUUUGGAUUUUCAUCCUGACUCCCGCUCUCCCAGCCAUGUAGAAUACAAUGAUGAACUAUGUGGUGCUGAGGCGGAGCACAAAAAACGACAGAACAGGUUUGUCAAAUUGUCUGAAGGAGUUACUGCUUGUGCUGCUCACCCUCUUAAUGGCACCAUCUUUGCUGGAACCAAGAAUUCAUCCUUGAUCAUGAUUUCCCAGAAGAGCCAAUCAUGUUAGAAGCCAAGAUUGAUGGAGAAUGUGUAAGUACAUGAAAAAUUUGCAACUCAAAGAAGCCGUGGCUAUCGACUAAUCGGAAAAUGCCUUCAGAACUUAGGCAUUGUGUUCGUGGUAUGUAUGUCCUCCCAGAGUCUACGUAUAUAGAUCUAUUUGCAAGUUGCAACUGAUGAUAAGAAGUUUUCUUUAAAUCGUUGUAUGUUAUUUUAGAUUAAGAAAGCAGACUCUGUUGAAAAGGAUUGAAGUAAGAAAGCUAAUUUUUCAGUGUUAUGAUUUAGGAAUGUAUCCAUAAAUAAUGAAGUAAGGAACAUAAGCAUUAUAGCUAUUUGCUUAUGUGCGUCAACCAAAUUUAGGAAGAUUGUAUUGAAGAUGUAGUAAGCUAUAUGAUAACAUAAAUAAUUGUGCUAUGAUAUUAGUCCCAAUUUUUACUUUUUGGUU